UAUUUCACCUUUUACAAAACAAUAUCGUUUAUCUUAUCGCACAUACUUUUGGGUCAGAUAGUGGGAUCAGAGAGUACUUUCAAUGGAGCUGUUCCCUGAAAGUGUUAAAAUGCGGGGGGACCUUUUUAUGAAGCACAUUGAUUCCCCCUUCCGGACACCCAAUUCAGCCAGAAAUGUACAGGAUGUCAUAGGUUAUCAAACGUAACAUGAGUCAAUCAAAUUAGUCACGAUUGUUUUCCAUAGAGAAUUCCAAAUAAUCACCCUCUAGUUUUGAGUUUUGUGAUACAUGAGAGAAAAACUUUAAGUAUUAACCUUCAGUUUUGAGUUUUCCUUCAGCGAAGCAAGUUGGAAAUGUUUUCUCAAAAAUCUCAAUAUAUUACAAAACUAAUAAGAAAAAAAUGAGGAAGAGUGCAGAACGUUGGAGAAAAAUGGCCGAAAUCGCAUAUUCCUUUUGUUUGAUUGCCAAAGCCGAGGAUAUUAUACUUGAUUUGCUGAUGAUUAGGGUCCUUGAAGAGGAACAAUUUUUAAGGAUUACAGAAGCCAACCACUAUUAGAUGCCUCUAUAAAAGAUAUGGACAAACGAAAUAAUAUUCUCAUUGUUAUCUUACUAGAUUUCAUCUAUUUCAAAAUACCUUAAAGUGAAAUAUAUUGUUAUUGUUUUGGCGACGUUUGUAUUAAACCUACCGAUCACGACAUCAAGAUA